UGCUAUAAACUAAAUUUGGAAUAAGUUUCGAUUUUGGUGGUUUAUGACCUUAAACUGAUGAAAUAUAUUGCUUUGAACUACUUUUCAAAAAACCAAAAUUUGACUUAUUUGCAACCUUAAUCGAAGUUUUCCUUGGUAAAUUUUUUGCUUCUCGUUUGUUCACGGCGGAAUACUUUUCAGCCGUGGGUAAGAAAUCAAAUAACUGAUAUAGAUUUCUCAUUCCUACGUCCGAUUAAGUUUUCAUAGUCCACUUUAUCCCGCUUUACCAGGGAAGUAUUCCUUCGCACCCAACCUGUGAUCCCCCUUUAUCCAUAUGUCCAACAGCGCCUUUUCAUUCUACUCUAAAUGGUUAUUUUCCAGAUUUAUCAGUACAAUACAUGCGGCUAUGAAAGCGAUCGAAUCAACAACCUUGUUUACUUGUAAUCAAAAUGUAACUUUGUAGAAUUCACAAGUAUUCAUAUUACACUCUUUUGCAUAUUCGUUUUAUAGCAGCAGGAAAAUUUUUCAAAAGUUAGCAGUAAAAGUUGCACUAAAACUUACAAAAAUGGACGCCAAUUUUUUUCCAACUCUCCAAAACUUUACAUGGAAUUCUGGUGCCUCGACAACAAAUACUGACGACUUGUCAACUGAGAAAACUGUUCCUUCGACCCAAAGUCAUUCAAUCGGGACUAUUUUGAUUGCGUGUGUGCAGUGUGUGUGCGUAGCGUGGAGUGCAGUGGUGAAUGUGGUGGUGAUGGCCGCUGUCUACAGGAGUCCCCCUCUCCACUCCAUCAUCAACUACUUCAUAUCCUCACUAGCACUUGCCGACCUCAUGGUGUCGAUAAACAUCAUGCCGUUUGCAGUAGCGCUGUACCUGAGUGGGGAGAGGGGGUGGGUGUUUGGGGGGCUGUUCUGCACCCUGUGGACCAGUGGGGACAUCCUCUGCUGCACUGCCUCCAUACUCCUACUCACAGCCAUAGCACUAGACAGACACUGGGCGGUGUCUGACCCGGUGGACUACCGAGAGAAAAUGACGGAGAGGCGAUGCAGUGUCAUCAUCGCCUUCGUCUGGAUCUUCUCCACAUUCCUCGCUCUGGCCCAGAUACUGUGGCGCUUCAUCAUCGAGACAGCGAGGGACAGACGGACGUGUACCUACACCAUCGACAGGGAGUUCCGAAUUGUGUCCAGCAUGAGUUCGUUCUUCGUGCCUCUUACAGUCUUGAUCUUCACGUAUAUCAACAUUAUCACAAUUGCGAGGUCAAACCGCAACAACGUCAACCAACAGCCCCGUGGCUACUUUGGAUCAUUAACAGGACAUGACGUGGAAGAGAGGAACACUUACAGUCGUUCUUGGAACAACUUGGUGACGAGUCACGCUGAGACAGCGAAAGACAUCGUCAUCAGUACAACAGAGGAGCUCUCCAGUGAACUAUUGCAAAAAGGGCAGAGCAAAAAUGAGGAGCUGGAUGGUCCGACUCGAGCUUUUCAACAAAGUCCGCACUGCUCGUCCAGUUUGUUCAGCCUGGAGAAGGAAGAGUUGCGCACGGCCAAACUGAUCGGCUUAGUGAUCAUCUGCUUCGUGGUCUGCUGGCUGCCCUUCUUCACCCUCUACGUAUUAGAGGCGUUCUGUGUCUCCUACAAGGACAUACCAGUUCAAGUUUCUCUAUUAUGCCUGUGGCUUGGGUACGCCAAGAGUGGCUUGAAUCCAAUAGUCUACUUCUUCUUCGACGAGUCACACAGAAAGGCAUACAAGUCCCUGUUCCUGUACGUGUUCUCCUGUUGCGGCGGCCGACCAGCUCAUUACGUCAUCUCUUUCCGAAUCCCACCACCCUCUGCUCUCCUAUCGCCCAACACCUAUCUGAGUAAACUGCAUCACGUCGAAAGGGAUGCGUUUGAUGCUGCAAUGAUUGAGAACAACUUUGCUGUUGAUUCUGAAUUAUGUCUGCACCAAAGCAUUUCAGAGAGCAAAACGCAAAAGAUAAUAUUUCACGACAAGUCGCCUUCGUCGCGUAGAAACUUCGCUUCAAAUAUCUUCACGUUUGGCAGUCACCAAAACAUACAACAACAGAAUCCGAGUUCUAACCAUAACAGCAGAAGACACGACAUUAGAUUUGUUUCGGACUCAACAGCAAGUAGGAUUAUUUUCAGUCCUGUUUUGUCGGAACAUGACAGGGAAGUAACAACAGGUAGUCCCCCAGGUAACUUCUACCGCACCAGUCCCCCAGAGUUAGGGGCACUAAGAGCUCAGAAUGACUCUAUCGGGAGCAACUCUGUCUUUAGUUCCCCUUUUUUGGGGAGACAUGAAGAAGGACAGAAAAGUAGUCAACACUUUUCGAGCCAGAUCAAUCUAGCUCCCCAUGGAUUUACAAAUGCCACUUUGAUCACAUUGGACAGAUACUGUCACCAGCGAGUGAUGGUCAAUGAAGAACGAAGCAACGUCAAGGCCGAAUCAAACGUAUAAACUGACAGCAGCUGACACAUAUCGGAUUUCAACUAUUUACUCAUGAUUCUUACAAACUUCAAUUAGCUCUUUCAAUUUUGGUUAAACUCCGGCUAAUAUGAGGCUACAUUUUAGUUUAGUAGCACCAAAGUCUGAUUUGAUUUUGUUUAUCAUAAAAUUUUUGUGAAUGCUCAAGAAACGUCUCAGGAAC